AUGACAGAUACUACAAAUCUCCAGACAACUGCUGAAUACUCACUCACAUCACCGAGCGUGGACGGUUUCUACGCGGGCCAGGAUAUCCUCCCUCUACAGCCCCAUUUGUCACCAUUCAACGACCGCGACAUCCACACGGGCACAACAUUUCCACCCAUCAGUCUUCCAUCCUCUGGCAGCCGCUGCCCAUUGAAUAACCGUACCGAGGCACUGCUCCUGCGGCACUUUGUCAAAGAACUGUCUCCUUGGUUUGAUGUCACGGAUCCUACCGAUCAUUUUCGUGUUGUGGUGCCUGAAUUGGCCAUGGUCAGCGAAGUUGUGCUAAAUGCCAUAUUCGCAAUAUCCGCGCUACACCUUGGUGGUGUCCCAGAGAAGGACACGAUUGAGGGUUACGAGGUUCCCGUGGAUGCGGUCCUGGCCGAAGUUUAUCACACCAGAUGCAUAGGAAUGCUCAUAAGUCUAAUCAACGAGGAGACCUCUAACACAAAUGACGAUGUUCUCACGGCUGCAGUCAUAUUGCGCAAGUUUGAAGAAAUGCGCGGCUACGUGACACAACACGACUACGGCAGUCAUCUACAAGGGGUUUCGGCCCUCUUCAAUUCUCGCAGCUGUGCUAUUGCUGGUGGACUGGCCGAGGCAGCAUUCUGGCAAUUUGUGCGUCAAGAUGCUUUCCUAUCGCUUUCGAUUCACCAAGCGCCCAAAAUCGACUUUUCGAAGCAAGAAUUUAGAUUCUCAGUGUCCGAGGCGCCAGACAGUAUUUGGGCGAACCGUAUCAUCUUUUGUACGGCGAUCAUUUUGACCUACUGCUUCUCAGAUGCGCCCAAGACGCUCGCCCGAUGGCAGGAACUUAAUCAGCAAGUGAAUGAAUGGGAUGCAAUGAAACCGGCUUCGUUCACCCCAAUAUUUUUCGAAGCUCCAUCACUAUCUGAAGGGAGACGAUGGCCGGAACUUCAAUUUUACGCCCCCUGGCAUGCAACUGGGACACAGUAUUUCCACCUCUGCAAGGUUUUACUCAACCUAUACCGGCCUGAUACUCCAUCUCCAGGAGCAGGACUAGAGUAUAACCGUGCUCACCGGGAAUUGAAGAAAGUAAUUAUGCACCACACACGAUUGAUCUGCGGCAUAGCGCAGUCAAACUAUUUCGCCAAUCCAAAGUUCAACAUUGGACCCAUCAUUCUCUUGUGUGGAGGUUGGGUCACAGAAGUCGAUGAACAAAGAACGAUUCUGCAUCUCUUGCACGAAGCCGAAAAGGCACACGGAUGGCCGACAAAGCACGUACGGGAUUCUCUAGAAGAGCAUUGGGGAAUGAACGCUUCGUAG